CCCAGCGGACGGCGGCGAGGGUCGCGUGGAGCCGUGGGGGCACGGAGUCGGGCUGCAGGAGGGGCGGCCCCGAGCUCAGGCGGGGCACAGCGCCGGCGGGCGGGCGGCUGGCGGGGCUGCCCGGCGCGGGUGUCCCGGCGAUGUGUGGCGCUGAAGCGGCAGCGGGCUCGGCCUCGGCUUCGCGGCGGUGCCGGCGGCGGAGGCGGAGGCGCAGGCUCCUCCUCAGGACCUGGCGAGCCAGGGCCUAAUAGGCGGCCCCGCGAGGCCCCUGCAGAGCGCCCCGGACCGGGGCCCUCCCCGCCUCGCCCUGCCCCGGGAGCCUGCCUCCCCGGCCGGGGAUGAGGCCGGGAGGCGGCCGCGCGGGGCCCAGCACAAAGGCUCUCCGGGGGCCGCCGCCGCCGCCAGCCUAAAGCCACCCGCUGAAGCCGAGCCGGCUCCGGGGCCCUCAUCCCCGCCGGUCCCCGGGGGCGGCCACUGCCCGUCUUCCCGAGGCCCAGGGGCCCGAGCGCCGAGCCCCUUGCUCCCUCGGCCGCGGUGGGACCGGGCAGCUGCGCAGCCUCCGCCGCUCCCGGCCGUAGGGGCCUUUCGGAGCAUGUCGGAGGAGAGCGACAUGGAGAAAGCCAUCAAGGAAACCUCCAUUUUAGAGGAAUACAAUAUCAAUUGGACUCAGAAGCUGGGAGCUGGAAUUAGUGGUCCAGUUAGAGUCUGUGUGAAGAAAUCUACCCAAGAACGGUUUGCACUGAAAAUUCUUUUUGAUCGUCCAAAAGCUAGAAAUGAGGUACGUCUGCACAUGAUGUGUGCCACACACUCAAAUAUAGUUCAAAUUAUUGAAGUGUUUGCUAACAGUGUACAGUUUCCUCAUGAGUCCAGCCCCAGGGCUCGACUCUUAAUUGUAAUGGAGAUGAUGGAAGGGGGAGAGCUAUUUCACAGAAUCAGCCAGCACCGGCACUUUACAGAGAAGCAAGCCAGCCAAGUAACAAAGCAGGCAACUUUGGCUCUACAGCACUGUCACUUGUUAAACAUCGCACAUAGAGACCUCAAGCCUGAAAAUCUGCUCUUCAAGGAUAACUCUUUGGAUGCCCCAGUGAAGUUGUGUGACUUUGGAUUUGCCAAAAUUGACCAAGGUGACUUGAUGACACCCCAGUUCACCCCUUACUAUGUAGCACCUCAGGUACUAGAGGCACAGAGGAGGCAUCAGAAGGAGAAAUCUGGCAUCAUACCUACCUCGCCAACACCCUACACCUAUAACAAGAGCUGUGACUUGUGGUCCCUAGGGGUGAUUAUCUACGUGAUGUUGUGUGGAUACCCUCCUUUUUACUCCAAACACCACAGUCGGACUAUCCCAAAGGAUAUGCGGAGAAAGAUCAUGACAGGCAGUUUUGAGUUCCCAGAGGAAGAGUGGAGCCAGAUCUCAGAGAUGGCCAAAGAUGUUGUGAGAAAGCUCUUGAAGGUCAAACCAGAGGAAAGACUCACCAUCGAGGGAGUGUUGGACCACCCCUGGCUCAACUCCACCGAGGCCCUGGAUAAUGUGCUACCCUCUGCUCAACUGAUGAUGGAUAAGGCGGUGGUUGCAGGAAUCCAGCAGGCUCACGCAGAACAGUUGGCCAACAUGCGAAUCCAGGAUCUGAAAGUCAGCCUCAAACCCCUGCACUCUGUGAACAACCCCAUUCUGAGGAAGAGGAAAUUACUUGGCACCAAGCCAAAGGACUGUGUUUAUAUCCAUGACCGUGAGAAUGGAGCCGAGGAUUCAAAUGUUGCCUUGGAAAAGCUCCGAGAUGUGAUUGCUCAGUGUAUUCUCCCCCAGGCUGGUAAAGGAGAGAAUGAAGAUGAAAAGCUGAAUGAAGUAAUGCAGGAGGCUUGGAAGUAUAACCGGGAAUGCAAACUCCUAAGAGAUACUCUGCAAAGCUUCAGCUGGAAUGGUCGUGGAUUCACAGAUAAAGUAGAUCGACUAAAACUGGCAGAAAUUGUGAAGCAAGUGAUAGAAGAGCAAACCAUGUCCCAUGAAUCUCAAUAAUGACAGCUUCGGAUGUUGUUUUUUAACAAUUUGAAAUAUUAUUCUUUAAUGUAUAAAGUAAUUUUUAUGUAAAUUAAUAAAUCAUAAUUUCAUUUCCACAUUGCUUAAAGAUACUGUAUAGAUUUAGAUACAGGAUUUACUAAUAGUAUAGUUCAUUUAUUUGUUUUUAAGAAAAGCUCAGUUCCUAGAGAUACACUAUGACUUUAGGACUGUUUAGUCAUAAGUUUGUAAGAUGACAGAUGGUAUUGUCAAGCAAGAUCUUUUUUUUUGUAGUAAAGUAUACAGAAACCAUUUGCCAGCAGUAGACAAAGGACCAACUAUACUGACCUUUCUGCUUAGUAAACAGUUGAAUCAA